GUUCGCGUUCGCGGGCGGCGCGGCGGCGGCUGCGGCGGCGGGAUGGGGCUGCUGGAGCAGUGCGAGGCGGCCUUCGGCUCCGCCGACCUCUACCGGGUGCUGGGCGUCGCCAAGGGGGCGGCGCCCGGCGAGAUCCGCCGCGGCUACCGCCGCGCCGCGCUCCGCGUCCACCCGGACCGCGCCGAGGCGGGAUCCAGGGAGGAGGCGACGCGGCGUUUCCAGGUCCUGGGCCGGGCGUACGCCGUCCUGAGCGACGCGGAGCGGCGCGCCGUGUACGACGAGCAGGGCACAGUGGAGGAGGAGGAGGAGGCUGAGGUGCUGCGCCCCGAGCGGGACUGGCAGGAGUACUGGCGGCUGCUCUUCAAGAAGAUCACUAUAAAAGAUAUUGAAGACUUCGAAAAGAACUACAAGGAUUCAGAAGAGGAACUAGAUGAUAUCAAAGCAGCGUAUGUCGAUUUUGAGGGUGACAUGGACAAAAUAAUGGAGUCUGUGCUGUGUGUGGAAUAUACAGAUGAACCGAGGAUAAGGAAAAUCAUACAAGAAGCCAUUGACUCUGGAGAACUCCCAGCCUACAAAGCUUUUGUAAAAGAGUCUAAGCAGAAAAUGAAUGCAAGAAAAAGGAGGGCAGAAAAAGAAGCUAGAGAGGCAGAAAAGACUAAAGAAGAACUAGGCCUUGGUGAUGGAGAAGAUGAUUUGAAAGCACUGAUUCAAAGUAGAAAUAAAGAUCGAAAAAAGGAAAUGGAUGACUUCUUGGCACAACUAGAAGCAAAAUAUGGGAAUAAUUCAAAAAAAGGAGGAAAGAAGGCAGCAGCCAAGAAAGGGAAGAAGUAAAGAACUGUGUAGGCUGGAAAGUCAGGUAUCACUUUGUAUGGGAACAUUGUGUGGGUUUGGGAGAAUUUGGGAGGUAUUCUGGAGUACUCUUUCCAAGUGUGUAUGCAUCAACUUGCUGUGACUGGGAAGUAUGAUACAGAACGCAUUGUGAACAAGAAAGACAAAACAUUCUGCAUUACUGUUUAAAAUCCUUUAGUUGAUCUUUGGUUAAGAUCAAACAGAUUCUUGACUAACAGUUUCGUUACAGUAAGAAAGUGCUGUGCUGUUUGGAUGUCUGUAUGUUAAACUUGUGUUGAAGCACAUUUGCUCCAACUACCAGUUAUAUCAGUAUGGCUUAUGGUAAAACAAUAUGAUUCAACAUUUUUGAGAGUCUUAAAUGUUUGUUUGUAUGGCUUUUUAGUUGGAAGACUUAUCUUUUUGUGUUGUUCAUACACUUCUGUAACAAACUUCUUGGUGUUUUUAAUGGUCUGUGUACAUGAGUUCAACGGGCAUUUUCAGGUAUUUCAGUUGUUUUAUAAAAAUACUUUUGAAAAUUGCAGAUUUAAUAAAGUAUAAGAUU